GGCCAAUGCGACCCCCCAUGUCCCUAUAAAGGCCAAAUUGCCCACGAAGCUUUACCCACCUCUUCCCAUUGAGCGCCCACGCCAAGACGCCAUGGCCUCCAUCAACGCCUGGUUCAUCUUCUUCCUCCUCCUGCUCUCCAUCUCCGUUCAAUCUGAGUCAUUUGAGGGUGAUUGUGUCUACACGGUCUAUGUGAGAACCGGGUCGAUAAUUAAGGGCGGCACGGACUCCAUCGUCAGCCUGAGGCUCUACGACGUGUACGGCGAGUGGGUUGGGAUCACGGACCUCGAGGCGUGGGGAGGGCUGAUGGAGCCGGGCCACAACUACUACGAGAGGGGCAACUUGGACGUCUUCAGCGGCCGGGGCCCGUGCCUCUCCGCGCCCAUCUGCGCGCUGAACCUGACCUCCGACGGGUCGGGCCCGCACCACGGGUGGUACUGCAACUACGUGGAGGUGACUACCACCGGCGUCCACACGCCCUGCUCGCAGCAGCAGUUCACGGUGGAGCAGUGGCUGGCCAGCGACGCACCGCCGUACGAGCUCUCCGCGAUCAGGAAUUACUGUCCGUCCAGCCUGGAUGGGGUCGGUGGGGGUGGUAAGAUCGGGUCGCAUGUGGUGGCAGAUGCUCUGAUGUGAGAAGGUAGUGGACAUCGUCAUGGUCAUUCAUAAAGGAGGAGUGAUCUGUCGUCUAAUGUGAUUGUGGUCUAAUUUAGCAGAUCUCAUGUCUUUUGGU